AUGUUUGAAGAAGAGACCAUUUUAUCGAUCAAGAAACGUCUUGACCUUCAUUUUGAUCCACCACAAUUUGUUGAUAAAAAAGAUGCAGCUGUAUUGAUUCUCUUACGAGGCGAUCUCCCAAAACUCGACGUUUUUCUUUGCGUUCGAUCAAUGAAUUUACGGAAACAUCCAGGAGAGGUUUGUUUUCCGGGUGGAAUGUGGAAGUUUGGAGAUGCGGAUUUACAAGAAACAGCCAUGAGAGAAGCGGAAGAGGUGGGCGAAGAGGAAAUUUAUGUU